ACAAGCAACGUGGAAAACCUCUCCCCACAGAUCCUGCGCGGGGUCAUGAAGGAGAUGACAGAGCUGGUCAAGGGCCCGCCAGAAGGCAUCAAAGUGCAUAUGAACGAUGAAGACGUUACAGACAUCCAAGCCACCAUCACAGGGCCGGCUGGUACACCAUAUGCCGGAGGGCUGUUCCGCGUAAAGUUGGCCCUGGGAAAGGACUUCCCAAACGUCCCCCCUAAGGGCUACUUCCUCACCAAGAUCUUUCACCCUAAUGUGGCCUCGAAUGGAGAAAUAUGUGUGAACACGCUCAAGAAAGACUGGAAGGCAGAUUUGGGCAUUAGACAUGUCCUCUUGGUUAUUAAAUGUCUGCUGAUUGUCCCAAAUGCUGAGUCAGCCUUGAAUGAAGAGGCCGGGAAGCUGCUCCUUGAGGCUUAUGACGACUAUGCUGCCAGAGCUAAGAUGAUUACGGAAAUCCAUGCACAAGGCCCGAAGGUACCCAAGGGAGAGAGCAGUGGGGAAGGAAGUAGUCAGGAGGGACCCCAGGCCAAGAAGCACGCCACAGACAAGAAAGUGGCCGCCGACCGGAAAAAGUUAUUGAAAGACAAGAAGAGAACUUUAAAGAGAUUAUGAAUGGCUGACCGUGUGCAGUGUCAUUGUCACCUUCAAGUGCAAAGAUGUGUGGGUAUAUUUUAGUGGAUAUAUUUCUGUGCUUCACUCUUAUCUCGCUGCCCUUCCAUCAUCCUUCCCUGCCAGGCUGUGGUUUCAUGAAUUGGUGGAGUGAAAAAUAUUUCUUGAGGAGCUGGGAAAGAUAGUUACAAAUAUUUGAACAUCCAGUGUUUUGCCUAAUAGUAUGUGCAUUGUACAAGCUUCUCUCUGUCUCUUUCUUCUCUCUCACUCUCUCUCUUUCUAUGUUUCGUCUUUCUCUUUCUCUUUUUUUAUCUUUUUCUCGAUUUUCUUUUUCUCUUUUUUUUUUUUUUUCUUUCCUCUCUUUUUCUCCUUCUCUCUCUGCCUUCCUCUCUUCCUUCCUUUCCUCCCCUUCCUCAAAGACUACUGUCCUUUAAACAAGAACAACUGUCUUCGUUCAAAAGGCACAUCACGAAGAAAGUACCUUAACGAUGAAGCUGACUAGGAAUUCUGUGGAAUCCAUCGGUAAUCGAGUGUAUGAAGAUGUUGCUAUCAGUUUUGAAAAUCCAAUGUCAAGUGGUGAUAAUUUGAUGAAAAGGUGAUAGUUGACACUUGCUAUAUGUCUGAUAUUCAGAUUGGUGAAUUUUUUGAUGACUGACAAUAAAAAGAAAAUGCAAGUCUUUCUCUAGAUUUAAGUACGUGUCAAGCUGCAGACGUUGAAAGUCACUUUUAUGUACAUUUAUACACGAGAUUUAUUUCCUAUAUUAAGAAAUGUCUUUUGUAAUAAACCCAUGCACAAUAUUUUAACAACAUUAAGUCAGAUUGUACAAUGUGUUUUCGUGAAUAUUUUGCCAACUCAGAUAUUUUUUUAUUCCAUUGCUAGUGCAAGACCUCAGUACAUUGAGGGCAAAAAGUAAUGUGGUUUAAUGACUGCGUGAAUUAAUGCCAACCAAAAAUGUCGUAUAUAAAAAUGGUAUAAGAAUGCUAAACUUUUUGUGUUACUCUAAGCUUAAGAAGACUUUGUUUUUGUUUAAGCUAUGCUGUUGAAUCAAGAUUGCAGAGUUUCAUUGUGCUUCAAACAUGUGG